CUCCAAAUGGCCGUGCAGUAAUCUCGCUUUCUCCCAAACAGAGAAUACACGGCCACCAACGAGAGAAACACACCCCCAUUGACCGCCAUUGCAGCACCGCCGCCGCCGCCGGCCGCCGGCAUUCCCCGCCCCCCUCCGGCUCCGCCUCCUGCUUUAGCCGCUCUCUACUUCCCGCCGAGUUCUCCGGGCCCCUCCAUCUCGCGUCGGCCUCCGCGAAUUCGCUCGCGCGGAGCCUUCCCCUAUUUUCGAUCGAUUCGGCGUGGGUCCCGGCCCGCAUUCCCGCUUGGAAGCUGACUUGGGUCCGGCUCGAUUCGAUCAGCUCCCGAGCCGAUUCCCGAUGGAGCCGUCAUCUCUAACCCUAGCCGGAUCCACCGACGCCGCGCUGGAGUCGGUCCUCACCGAGGAAAUCCGAAGCCUGAUGGCUCCCCCGGAGAGCACCAGUUCCUUCACGGCCCUCCUCGAGCUCCCCCGGACCCGAGCCAUCGAGCUCCUCCACUCGCCGGAGGCGCCCAUUCCCUGGCGUCGUCGUCCCCGGCGGCCCCGCGGGGCCGCCCUUGCGCCGCCUCGGCGGCGACGGCGGGGCGGCUUCGCUUUGGCCGUGGGUUCCGACCUCGCGGCGAGGUACCCCGCCUUAUUCGGAGAGAAGAACGACUCCGUGGAGACGAGCUCGCAGAAGGUGAAGAGCGAGCCGUUGACGGAAUCGGACUCGAACCCCAACUCGUCGCCGCAGCCGCUGGUGUCCGAUCCGACGGUGGAGAACAAGGGGCAGAGGCCGACGAAGAGGAAAGACCGAGAGAAGAAGGCGAAAGCGUCGGCGAAAAAGAGCAAGAACGAGAGCUCGGAAGAUGCGGAGGAGCUUCCUUACGUGCACGUCCGAGCUCGUCGCGGUCAAGCCACCGAUAGCCAUAGCUUAGCAGAGAGGGCGAGAAGAGAGAAAAUAAAUGCUCGGAUGAAGCUGCUGCAGGAGCUCGUCCCGGGCUGCAGCAAGAUAUCUGGUACAGCUUCGGUGUUGGAUGAAAUCAUUAAUCAUGUGCAAUCUUUACAACGCCAAGUUGAGCUUCUGUCAAUGAGACUUGCGGCAGCUAACCCAAGGGUCGAUUUCAACAUGGAUAACAAUUUUGCAGAAAACAUGUCUCUGGUAGACAGUAAUUUCCCCAGCAUGGUUAUGCCGUUCAUGUGGCCUGAAGUUCAGGUUAAUGAAAGCAGACAGCCGUACCAUCAGCAAUGGCAGUUUAGUUCACUUCCACAGCCAGUUUGGGGAAGGGAACAAGACAAUCAUAACUUUAUCACCCCAGAAAAUUCUCUAUUGAGUUAUGAUUCUCCGGCAAAUUCAGUGUCCUUGCACUCUAGAGCAACCGAAAAUGGAGCUAUGAAGGUGGAUUGAGGGUCUACUCGUAGUCUAGUCUUAGUAAUUAGUGUAUAUAUUAGCAAGAUAUAAGAUUACCACUCUAGCAGGAACUAGGAGGCAUCAGAUUCCAUUUAACCUGGGUUUCCAUGCUUCUACCGCAAGUCUUCUUCUAAUUUUGGUCCUAUGAAUUCUUAUAAUUAGCAGCGGAAGGAAACCCAUAUUUCUCCCAAAAUUGGAGUAGAAAUUUCCAUAUGUAAUCUGCAUAUCUGUACUUAUAUCAUUCACUAACUCUGAGGAUGAGUAAGUCAGCCCUUCGUGAGAAGGGAAGACUCAUCCACAUUGUACAAUGACAAAACUCCAAACUACUAUGGAAGUAAAACUCUGUGCCGCGAUGCAUAUUUGCCUA